UUUUGUUCUAUCAUCUACCGUUUUUCAUUCGCAUUUUUAAAUAUUUUUUCUCAUCCCUGCACAUGUCAAACAUGGAAACUUCGUCGAACACAAAACCAAAUGAAACCCAAUUGCACCUUAUUAUAAUAAUCUAACCAUACACCACCUUUAAUCAUAAUUUGAUUUUCCUUGCACCCAAUAAAUUAGCAAAAGGGUAAGUAACCACUAAUUAAUAAGUAUCCAUAAGUAACAACUACAUGCUACCUCGCCGCCGCCGCCACAAAUCCGACAUGCCUUACCUCACCGCCGUCAUCGGCAUUCUUUUCUUCUUCCCGGCGGCAACCUCACAAGCUCAAAUCCUCAAAACAGAAACUCACUUUUUCGGACCCUUCAACUCUACCAACGCCAUCUAUUUCGACGUUAUACCCUCCGCAUCGAUUAACCUGGGCGCCCUUCAAGUUACGCCGGACAGCGCCGGAAGUUCAUCAGUAGUCCCUCUCACCAACAACUCCGGCAGAAUCUUUUUCAAAACCCCCUUCAAACUCUGGGACGAUUCCUCCUCCGGCGCCGGAAAACUCGCCUCCUUCAACACCUCCUUCCUCAUCAACGUCUUUCGUGUCAACAACGGAACACCCGGCGAAGGUCUCGCUUUCGUCAUUGCACCUUCUCUCUCCAUUCCUCUCAACAGCUCCGGCGGUUACCUUGGUUUAACAAACGCAUCCACUGACGGUAACGUAACUAACCGUUUCGUCGCCGUUGAACUUGACACCGUCAAACAGGAUUUCGACCCUGACAACAACCACAUCGGACUCGAUAUAAACGGCGUCCGUUCCACCGUUAAAAAUCCUCUUAACUUCGAAAUCGCUCCAAACGGCACUCAGUUUUACGUUUUAUGGAUUGAAUAUAACGGUGACCGGAAACUUAUUGAAGUCUACAUGGAAACACAGUCUUCACCCGAUUUACCUAUAGUAAAAAAACCGGCUAAACCGGUUUUAAGUUCGAGUCUUGAUCUAAAAAAUGUAGUGAAUCAAAAAUCUUAUUUCGGAUUUUCCGCUUCAACGGGAAACACGGUUGAGUUAAACUGUGUAUUAAGAUGGAAUAUUUCAAUCGAGGUUUUUGACGAGGGUAAAAAUGGAAAUUCAUUGACAAUUGGUUUAGGUGUUGGGAUUCCUGUUUUGGUUUUGAUUUUAGCUUGUGUUGGUGGAUUUGGAUAUUGUUAUUACAUGAAAAGGAAGGAGAGUGAAAAUGGUUCUAAUUCUCAGAUAUUGGGGACAUUGAAGAGUCUACCGGGAACACCGAGAGAGUUUAAAUAUGAAGAAUUGAAGAAAGCUACGAAUAAUUUUGAUGAAAAGUUUAAACUUGGACAAGGUGGAUACGGUGUCGUUUAUAGAGGAAUAUUGGCGAAAGUGAAGGUGGAAGUUGCGGUUAAGAUGUUUUCAAGGGAUAAGAUGAAAAGUACUGAUGAUUUUUUGGCUGAGCUUACUAUUAUCAACCGUCUUCGUCAUAAACAUCUUGUUAAGUUACAAGGAUGGUGUCACAAAAACGGAGUAUUGCUCUUAGUAUACGACUACAUGCCGAACGGAAGCUUAGAUAACCACAUAUUUUGUGAGGAAGGAACAAGCACAACCCCUCUAAGUUGGCACCUAAGAUACAAAAUCUUAUCAGGUGUAGCUUCUGCAUUAAAUUACCUACACAAUGAAUAUGAUCAAACAGUAGUCCACAGAGACCUUAAAGCCAGCAACAUAAUGCUGGACUCAGAUUUCAACGCACGUUUAGGUGACUUUGGCUUAGCACGUGCACUAGAAAAUGAAAAAACAUCCUAUGCAGAACUUGAAGGAGUACAAGGAACAAUGGGAUACAUAGCACCAGAAUGUUUCCACACAGGAAAAGCCUCAAGAGAAUCAGAUGUUUAUGGACUUGGAGCUGUGUUACUAGAAGUUGUGUGUGGUCAAAGACCAUGGACUAAAAUUGAAGGCUAUCAAUUUUUAGUUGAUUGGGUUUGGUAUUUGCAUCGCGAAGGAAGGUUAUUAGAAGCGGUGGAUCCAAGAGUUGGGAAUGAGUAUGUGGUUGAAGAGGCAGAGAGGAUAUUGAAAUUGGGUUUGAUUUGUUCUCACCCUAUUGCAAGUGAGAGACCUAAAAUGCAGACAAUUGUUCAGAUCAUAUCUGGGUCAGUGAAUGUGCCGGACGUGCCGCCUUUUAAGCCUGCUUUUAUGUGGCCAUCUGUGGACUUAGCUAGUCUUGCAAGUACUGAUUAUACAGGAACAAAUACUAGUGGCUUCACACCAAUCAAUAGUAACACACAAACUUCUAUGCGUGUUGAAUUCUCAGAUACUAGCUCUCUUGUCUAAGACUGAGACUACUACUUGAUUUUUAUUUUUGUAUUUUCUGUAUGCAUGUUGAUUAGCCCUUGAAUUUUCUUCCUCUGAGAAAUAGGAAGAAAAUUUGUUCAAACUUUUUUUUUCAAUUUUAAUUUGACUUGAUUUAUAAGCGAUUCAAGUGUAGAUUAUUUUUUCUUCCAUUUUUUUAUUUGAAAGGAAUGGGAUCGGUGUGUAUCAAUGUAUAAAUUUUGUUGAAAUAUGUUAGCAUAGUACUUGUGUAUGCAUUCUAUCAGUGUGCAUCAAUGUAUACAUAUUGAAUUUCACUUAUCAAACAUUGAUUAUUGUCGCA